AUAGAAGAUCUGGAUUUGAUGGAAGAUGUGGAUUUUCUGGAAGAUGUAAUUUUGUUGGGAGACAUGGAUUUUUUGGAAGAUGAGGCUUUGUUGGAGGACGUUGGUGGGCUGGAAGACAAGAAUUUUCUGGAAGAUAUGGAUUUUCUGGAAGAUGAUUUAUCGGAAGACAUGGAUAGUCUGGAAGACUUGAGGUCAUUGGAAGACAUGGAUUUCUUGUAAGACAUGGCUUUUCUGGAAGAUGUGGAUUUUCAGGAAGACCCGAAUUGUCCGGAAGACCUAGAUUGUUUGGAAGACGUAGAUUUGCUGGAAGACCUGGAGAUUGCUGGAAGACUAGAAGACAUGAAUUUUCUGGAAGACAUGGCUUUGUUGGAAGACCUGGAUUUAGUGGAAGACAUAGAUUUUUAUCUGGAAGACAUGGACUUUUUCUGGAAGAUGCGGAUUGAAUGGAAGAUCUGGAUUUGGUGGAAGAUGUGGAUUUUUUUGGAAGACGUUGCUUUUUUGGAAGACAUGGUUAGGCUGGAAGACAUGAAUUUGAUGGAAGACAAAGCUUCGUUGGAAGACAAGGACUUGCUGGAAGACAGAUUUUUUGGAAGCCAUGAUUUGAUGGAAGACAUGGAUCACUGGAAGACGUGGACAGUCUGGAAGACUUGGAGGUCAUUGGAAGACAUGGAUUUCCUGGAAGACGUGGAGCUUCAGGAAGACCUGAAUUGUCUGGAAGACCUGGAUUACUUGGAAGACAUAGAUUUGCUGGAAGCCCUGGAGGUUACUGGAAGAUGUGGAUCUCUAGGAAGACAUGUAUUUGUGGAAGACUAG